CACUGGCAAUCAGAGGGAAAACAUAAAAAAAAGAAAAUUAGCUGCGAGUGGAAAUUGUAUUAAACGCGCUUUCCCGUUCCCGUCCUUAAUAAUUAAUUUACCGCUUUUAUGCUUGGUUUUAUUUUCGUGUCGUUUAUUCGUUAAAUAUUUUCUUUUAAGUGUUUACCCUCAUAUACAGGAAGUUUAUGCGCGCGCGUCCCCAUCUCUUCGCCCCAAUAGACCCACCCACCCAGAUCCAAGACCAAAUACCGAGGUCGGGGCACACUCCCAUAGCCAAAGACCAAUCCCAACCCCUACCCCACGUCCUGUAGUGUAAAUAAAUGGCAUCCAGCAGUGGAAUUGGAGGAGGAGCUGCAGCAGCAGCUGCUGGCUCCAUUGUAAAUGCUGACUUGUGGCGUGAGUGCGUUGCUUGGUUGACCAGAUGUAAGAUUAUACCACUCGAUCACAAGGCCGCUCUGCCUGAUGCUGAAAUUCGCAUACUGGCCAUGACCUUGCGCGAUGGAGUGCUGUUGUGCAAUCUAGUCAUUCAUCUGGAUGCCAGCAGCAUGGAUUCCCGUGAAUUCAAUCGCAAGCCACAAAUGGCCCAGUUUCUUUGCUGCAAAAACAUUAAAUUGUUUUUGGAUGUGUGUCACAAUCAUUUUGGCAUACGCGACUCUGACCUAUUUGAGCCAACCAUGCUAUACGAUUUGACCAAUUUCCAUCGGGUUCUUAUCACAUUAUCUAAGCUGUCGCAGUGUCGUAAGGUCCAGCAAAUGCAUCCGGAUUUAAUUGGCUUUAAUCUUCAGUUGUCGCCCAGCGAACGUUCCCAUUCCGAUGAGGCCAUUUACAAGGACUUGCACUCUACUGAAAUGAGAAAAACAAGCAGUAUCGAUGCUUCCGGCUCAUCAUCCGGAGCGGAAUAUUCACUCUCAUUGUCGGUGGAAGAUGAGAACAGCGAUAUAACCAUCGAGAAUGGCACCGAGGACAUCGAUGACUACAUUGAAGACUCACUAUCCAAUAUGUGCGAUACAUCGAUUGAUCAAGAUAGUGCUGCAACCGCCGCAUGUGCAUCCGUCCAAGGCAACAAUCAUUGCCUCAGAGCUCUAUCAUUUGAUCUGGCAUUGGAUAGUGAUUGCCGUUUACCAGCAAAUCAUCCUAGUGAUACCUCCAUAACACCCACACCGGAAUCAGCUGCUCUCCAGCAGCAAUUAGCCACAGUAACAGCCACGGGAGGGGAAAUGAUGCCACCACUCGAAUCUCCAUCGUCGCCCAAACCAAGCACAUCGACGGCGGCUGCUGCUGCUGCUGCAUAUGCCGCAGGAUCUUCUGCGCGCCAUGUAUCAAACUCAUCUUCGUCGUCGUCAUUGUUUGUAAGCGAGAGCCAACGAUUGCAACGAGCCGCCGCCGCUGUCUACAAUUAUAGAUCAUCGAUGGCAUCCACCGAGCAUGAGUAUGCCUAUAUAAAUGAUAUUUAUAGCGAGGACGAUGAGAAGGUCUACGAGGAUUUAUGCUAUGUCACCUUCCAGUCUAAGGUUAAACCAGAGGUUACAACAGACAAUAUUGCAUGCAAUGGAACCGUUUACGAUCACACCAACACAAAAGAGGAGGAGGUCUACCAAGACUUGUGCGCCCUGCAUAGGACGAGAAGCCAGACAACAUCGGCAACGAGUUUUGAGCAACGAGAUUAUGUGAUUCGCGAACUAAUCGACACGGAGUCCAACUACUUGGAUGUGCUGAACGCAUUGAAGGCCAAAUUUAUGAGUCCACUGGAAAGGCAUCUAAAUCAAGAUGAACUGCGUCUCAUAUUUCCUCGGAUACGAGAACUCGCCGAUAUACAUACUAGAUUCUUGGAGAAGCUUAGGGAGUCACUAGUCACGAACACAAAACUGAAACUGGGUCAAGUAUUCCUUGAAUUCCGCGAACCCUUUCUCAUCUAUGGCGAGUACUGCUCUUGUCUCCUCAAUGCCAUCGACUAUCUGGCUGAUGUGUGCAAAAAGAACCAGAUCAUUGAUCAACUGGUACAGAAGUGCGAGCGUGACUAUAAUGUGGGAAAACUGCAGCUACGCGACAUCCUUUCCGUGCCCAUGCAGCGAAUCCUGAAAUACCAUUUGCUGCUCGACAAACUAGUAAAGGAGACUUCGCCGCUGCACGAGGAUUACCGCUCAUUAGAGCGGGCAAAGGAGGCCAUGAUUGAUGUGUCCCAGUACAUAAAUGAGGUGAAACGAGAUUCCGACCAUUUGGUAAUCAUCCAGAAGGUCAAGGACAGCAUAUUUGACCUUAAUUUGCUACAGAAUGGAGAUGAUUUGCUUCAAUAUGGACGCCUGUUACUUGACGGCGAUCUUCAUAUCAAGGCACAUGAGGAUCAGAAAACCAAAUUGCGUUACGCCUUUGUCUUUGACAAGAUACUCAUUCUGGUCAAGCCACUGCACAUCAAAACGGGCGACAUGCAGUACACAUUUCGGGAUUCGCACAAUCUGGCUGACUACCGUGUGGAGCAAAGUCAUUCCCGUCGGACUUUGGGUCGGGAUACUCGUUUUAAAUAUCAAUUGCUUCUGGCCCGCAAAUCGGGCAAGACAGCCUUUACUUUGUACCUGAAAUCUGAGCACGAGCGGGACAAAUGGCGUAAGGCUCUCACAGAGGCAAUGGAAAGUCUUGAUCCACCUGGUUGUCGAAAUACAGAUCACAAAAUGGAAAUCUAUACCUUUGACGCCCCCACCACGUGUCGGCAUUGCUCAAAAUUUCUUAAGGGCCGCAUCCAUCAGGGCUAUCGAUGCAAGGUCUGCCAGAUCAGUGUGCACAAGGGCUGCAUCUCGUCCACGGGUCGUUGCAAACAGAAUGCGGUUAGUGUGCCCCCGCCAGUCUGUGAUCGCCAGUUAUCCGAGUUUAAUUGGUUUGUUGGCAAUAUGGAUCGUGAGACGGCGGCAAAUCGUCUUGAAAACCGUCGGAUCGGCACGUAUCUGUUGCGCGUGCGUCCACAGGGUCCGUCGACAGCCCAUGAGACAAUGUAUGCGUUGAGUUUGAAAACCGACGAUCAUGUAAUUAAGCAUAUGAAAAUUAACCAGGAGAACGAUGGCGAAUCAAUGUUGUAUUGUUUAUCUUCACGAAGGCAUUUUAAAACCAUUGUUGAGCUGGUCUCUUACUAUGAACGCAAUGAUUUGGGAGAGAAUUUCGCAGGGUUAAAUCAAUCAUUGCAGUGGCCAUACCGCGAGGUAAUUGCCACCGCCCUCUAUGACUAUGAACCAAAGGCGGGUAGUAACCAACUGCAAUUGCGGACCGAUUGUCAGGUUCUGGUGAUUGGCAAAGAUGGCGAUAGUAAGGGCUGGUGGCGUGGCAAAAUUGGAGAUACUGUCGGCUAUUUCCCAAAGGAAUACGUGCAGGAACAUCCGCCCACCAGCGAUGAGCUUUGAUAUUACAACUACGAGAUAUACUUUGCUCCCAAAAGUACGCCCACAACGGCAGCCAUGUCUGAGUCACCGGUCUCCACACCGACUUCAACCACCACAACUACGAUCACUACCCCCCUUCACGCUCACAAUACCAUCGAUCAUAUCCCCUAGUUAAUUAUUGAAAUAUUAAUCUAUAUACAAAUUCAGAGUUCUUAUCGCAUCUUCACAUUGUUGAUUGGAAAGCGUUGUUCUAAGCGUGCCCCACAUAUAGUAACCCAGACACACUUACCAUAUUUAUAUGCUUUAGAUUAGAGAAAUUUUCCGAUUUAAUAUGAUGUACUCUUAGUGAUUCACAUAUACUAAAAUCGUUUAUGAGGACUAUCGUAUCGAAAGUUUUGCAAAAAUUAUGCAAAUGGAACGGAAAGCUAUUUUCCUAAGAUCCCAAAAGUGUUUGUAAAUCUUGUUUCUUCUAUUCCAUAGUGUUUUUACUUCUCUUUCUUUUUUGUUCUGUUCGUUAACCCUUUGUGCCAACAACAUAAACAUUUACAGAUAAUUCAUUUACUAAGGUUCAUUCAAUGUUACGAGUAGUUAUUAGUUCAUAAUUUAUUAUAAUGUUUGUUUAAACAUUGUAUAUGGCAAAUAUACAAUAUGCGAAUA